UCAGUGUCAAGUUCAAGUGCGCACACAUUAAUAUUUCCACAUUUUCAACUCAGAGCAAAAGACUUUUAGGAAUUCGUCAAACCGAGCAAAACUAAUUACACAAACACAAGAUGUCGUACAAUCAAACAGAUACGCCCGAUGGCACUUGGAUUGGUUGGUUCGUCAAUCUGCAGGUGAACAGAUUUCUCUGCCGCGUGCCGCAGGAGUACAUCGAGGACAAGUUCAACUUGACUGGGCUGGAAUUGUUGGUGCCCAGCUUUCAUCAGACCCUGGAUGCCAUACUCGACUUGGAGUUCGACACGGAGUACGGCUUCAAUCCCAUGGACGCAGACCCCGAGCUGACGGCCCAGCUGUACGGCCUGAUCCACGCACGCUACAUACUGAGCAUGCGGGGCAUCGACGACAUGUGCUUCAAGUACCAGCGCGGCGACUUCGGCAUAUGCCCGCGCAUCUAUUGCGACGGGCAGCUGGUGCUGCCAGUCGGGCUGUCCGACAACAUUGGCGAGUCGCACGUGAAGGUCUACUGUCCGCGCUGCAGGGAUGUCUACCAGCCGCAUGCACGCUGCGCGCUCCUGGACGGCGCCAUGUUUGGCACCAGCUUUCCCCACAUGUUCUUUAUGCAGCUGCCGCACCUGUUGCCGGAGCCGCCCAUUCAGAAGUAUACGCCACGCAUUCACGGCUUCAAGCUGCACAAGACAGCUAUGGUGCCGCCUGAGCGCAGCGAACCCGAUAUCAACAACGCCAACUCCACGGACAGCGUCAACAACAACAACAGCAACACUAACAUCAGCAGCAGCAAAAGCGUGCCCCUCAUCCCAAUGGUCUCUCCGCCCGCCGUCAAGGUGACCCAGAGCAGUUCCCCAACCAUUGGUCCGCCCAUGCAUCGCUUUAACUUUACAAUUAAUUAAAUUUCAACUUACAUAUAUAGUCGAGGA